CUCGCCGAGUUCUUGAAGCUCUUGCUGGCGAAAAUUAUUUAAUAUUCCAACGUCAGUCUUUUGACAAAUCAGAUUGGCGUGCUGACCGAACGUCACGUUGCGUAAUUAAUAUUCAUGAGAAGGCCAUCGCCGUAGUAGGAUGGAAUCGGUGGGAUGGUAUUGGGGUCACUGUGAAUAUGGCGGCUGCCUUGGAAAAUGAAUUGGAAGUAGAUAACGAAGAUUAUUAUUCUCUGCUCUAUGUCAGGAGAGAGGCUACUCAAGAGGAGUUGAAGUCAUCGUACAGGCGUCUUUGUAUGCUGUACCACCCUGACAAACACAGAGACCCUGAACUAAAGAAGCAGGCUGAACAACUCUUCACCUACGUACACCAGGCAUAUGAGGUUCUCAGUGACCCACAAUCCCGAGCCAUAUAUGACAUAUUUGGGAAAAAAGGCCUAGAGGUUGAAGGUUAGGAGGUGGUGGAGAAGAAAAGGACCCCUGCAGAGAUCAGGGAGGAAUAUGAACGUUUACAGAGGGAGAGAGAUGAGAGGAGACUCCAGCAGAGAACAAACCCUAUGGGGACAAUAAGUGUUGGCAUAGAUGCGACAGACCUCUUCGACCGAUAUGAGGAGGACUUUGAGGAUGUACCAGGAGGAGGUUUUCCCCAUAUUGAGAUCAACAGGAUGCACAUUUCCCAAUCCAUCGAGGCACCCUUAACCACUUCAGAUACCGCUGUCCUCUCUGGAUCUCUGUCUACACAUAAUGGCAACGGGGGAGGAAAUAUUAACCUUUGUGUGCGGCGUGUGACUUCAGCAAGAGGCUGGGGAGAGCUGGAGUUUGGUGCAGGGGACAUUAGAGGACCUUUAUUUGGGAUGAAAGUGUUCCGUAACGUUACUGCACGCUGCUUUGUGACUGCCCAAUGGGGUUUGCAGUUCUCCUCGCGUGGGGUACGGCCCAGUGCCACUAAAAUGAUGGCCCGCCACCUGGACCAGAACACUAUGGGCUACCUGCAGUGGCGCUGAGAAAGCCCGUCUGCCAUGACCACCAGCAUAGUCAGGGACACCAAAACAAGCCACUUCACCCUGGCCUUGCAGCUGGGCGUUCCUCACUCCUACCUGAUGAUGAGCUAUCAGUACAAAUUCCAGGAUGAAGACCAGACUAAGGUCAAAGGUUCCAUUAAGACUGGGUUCUUUGGCACCUUGGUUGAAUAUGGUGCAGAGCGUAAGAUUAGUCGCCACAGUGUUGUGGCCGCAACCGUCAGCAUUGGUGUACCCCAAGGAGUCUCCCUCAAAAUCAGGUUGAACAGAGCCAGUCAAACAUACCUCUUCCCUAUUCACUUAACCGACCAGAUUUUACCCAGCGCUGUGUUUUAUGCCACUGUGGGCCCGCUGGCCAUCUACUUAGCUGUCCAGAAACGUAUUAUGCCUUACGUACGAGCCCAGAAGGAACAGGAGUUGGAGAAACAGAAGGAGGUUUCUGCUUCAGAAAUUGCUCGCAGGAAGCAAGAGGCUGAAGCUGCUGUUUUGCUGAUGCAAGAGUCAGUGAAGAGAAUUAUCGAUGCCGAGGAAUCUAAAAUGGGUCUCCUCAUUUUAAAUGCUUGGUAUGGCAAAUUUGUGUCCGACAAUAGUCAGAAACGCGAGAGCGCAAAGGUCAUUGAUGUGACCGUCCCGCUCCAGUGCUUAGUGAAAGACUCCAAACUCAAUCUUACCAAAGCAUCAAAGGCUGGCUUGCCAGGGUUUUAUGACCCGUGUGUCGGCGAGGAAAAGAGCCUAAAAAUGCUGUACCAAUUCAGAGGAGCCAUACACCAAGUCUUGUCCGGAGACACAGAGCCUCUUAAAAUACCCAAACAAUCUCAUAGAAUUGAUUCGGAGACAUAGGAGUCUACCACACGCUGGAAGAAAGAGCUCGAUGGACAUCAAAGGAACAUAAAGGGACACUCAGACAUUAAGUGAUCUGAAGGGCUGCUCCUCUACAUUUCAUGUAGUCAUCCCGUGUAUCACCUUUGUGUUGUCUGUUUAUCUCAAAUCCCUGACAUAUAUCGUCAAUGGGUCGAUCACAUCCUAACAUCUCCUUAAUGUCUGGAGUCUUAACUAAGACUACAGAUGAACCACCAGAACCCAUCCACAGCUUGGAUAGCGGUCUGUUGUCAGGAGGUGAGAGGAGGUCAAAUGUCAUAUCACUCCAUCCAUUAAUCUUAAUGUUAAAAGGGUCCUAUUAUGCUCUUUUGCUAAAUCCUGAUUUUGAUUUGGGGGUGUACUAGAACUAGAAAAAUUAUUUUUCACCUAUUUUACAUUAUUACAAUACCUUCCCAGUCUGGCAUGAACGGCUCGAAUAGUUCCUGUAUCAAAUGAAUACUCGCCUUCUUAAAUACAAGAUGUGCUGUGAUUUG